AAAAAAGUUCAGAUUUGCCUUUUUUCUUUUCAUGAAUGAAACAAAAUUUGGACGGUGUUUGAAACAGUAAAUCCACCCAUAAAGAUGGAAGAAAAGCAGUUUUCAUCUUUGACGGUCCCUUCGGAAUAUCUUCAACAUUGGAUCCAGUCUGUUCAGCACAUCCAGGCCCUCCAGGCCAUGCAAUACCAGCAGCUGGCCAAUGCAGCUCGCUUCCUGGAGGGGCCGAGGGAGGAGAGGGUGAUGACAGGGGUGGCUGUCCACCAACAGCCAAAUUCCCAGGAUUCACCAGGAAUCCAACAAAUUCAUCAGGAGCCUAACACCCCUGCAUCGGUGCAAGCAGCUCCAACAAAGGGGAAGAGAGGGAGGCCUCAGAGCAAGGCGUCCAACGGGGAGCCCAAGAGCAAGCCUGGCCCAAAACCCAAGAAGGCCAAGGAAGGGGAAGAGCCCAAGGAGGGCAAGCAGGAGAAGAUCGAUGAAGCUUUCAAGAAGGUCAAGCGGAAAGUGGAUAGAUUCAAAGGCAUGACUGAGGCUGAGGUCAUGACCAAAACCCUGCCUGACAUCCUCACCUACAAUCUGGACUUUGUGAUUAUUGGAAUCAACCCAGGAUUAAUGGCAGCUUACAUUGGGCGAUGGUUUCCUGGACCAGGAAACCAUUUUUGGAAGUGCCUCUUCUUGUCCGGUAUGACGGAAGUACAGCUCAAUCAUAUGCAUGAUCAGACACUGCCAGAGAAGUAUGGGAUAGGAUUCACCAACAUGGUGGCGAGGACCACGCCGGGAAGCAAGGAUCUCUCAAGCAAAGAAUUGAGAGAAGGAGGAAAAAUUCUUGUGGAGAAGUUACAGAAGUAUAAGCCUCUCAUAGCUGUCUUCAAUGGGAAGUGUAUUUAUGAAAUGUUCAGCAGAGAGAUUUUUGGGUUUAAGCCAAAGAACCUUGAAUUUGGUGUACAGCCCCAAAAGGUUCCAGAGACAGAGACGGUGUGCUACCUCAUGCCCUCCUCGAGCGCUCGGUGUGCCCAAUUCCCACGCGCCCAGGACAAAGUGCACUUCUACAUCAAGCUGAUGGAGCUGCGCGACCAACUCAAGGGCGUUGUCCGGAACAACGAAGUGGAGGAGAUAAAGUACACCUUUGACUUGGGCAUGGCCAAAGAGGAUGCCAAGAGGGUAGCCGUCAAAGAGGAGCAAUACGACCCCGGGUACGAGGCGGCAUACGGUGGGGCGUACAGCGAGGCGGGGCCUGGGGAGGAGCAGAGCAGCGGCCGCUGCGGCUUCUCCGCUGCAGGAGAGACUGAAGCGGCCAGUAAGGAGACCACACUGCCAGCUGCAGUGGGGAGGGUUCCGGAAGGACAGUGGAUGAUGCAGUCUUUCACUGAUCAGAUCCCAGACAUCAGCGGCGGCGGCACUGCGUGAGGGGGGGGCGGACCCUCUCAGGAGUCCUCAGUGGAAGCUUGUGACGGCUGCAGGGUUAAUGCUUCCUCACGCCACAGAACCCCUGCUGAGCUCAACAGCAGUGGGCAGUACUGCAAUCCAGUGAAAAGCCAGAAGAGGAAGAUGCUGUAGUCAUUAACUGC